CAGGCUGUCAUCUGGCACUGCCUGCGUAAAAACUCAGCGAUUGGGUGCUCAGUCUAGUUAGUUGUACGGUGGAACACUUAAUUUUAUUUUUUUUGCACAAAUUGUGCCCUCUCGGCGAAAAAAGUCUAUAUCUCCCGGUUGCAGACCACUUCCGUCAGAUUGUGAAGGUAGUGCUAGACCGGAAGCGAGUUGUUAAUCCGGCGAUCGAACGGUGUUCAGUGUCUAGUGUUUAGUUUUUUUUUCGGUACGCAAGGCGAGAGGAAAAAGUUCCACAUCAAAAUCUCUUCCACCAAGAAGAUUCCUUCUCGAGAGGGGUUCAUGUGUAUGUGUGCACGUUGGUGAGGUGCUUUAUGAGGAGAUGUACGAGCGAUAUUAUUCAUGCUUGUAAUGUGAUUGUGCUUCGCCAUCAAAACAGCAGGAAAUAAACAUUGUUCGUGGCCAAAAAGUGUAUCGGCUGGUUACUCUGUUGAGUAAGAGUGAUGUAGAGAGCUAUGGCCAGCGCAGGGAACGAGAAGAAUGAUGCUUUCUGGGCACCGGAGCAUGUCGUACAUCCACCGCAGAAUCAGCAGCAGUUUAUUGCCCAGGAUGGCACUAUUCCAACUGCUUCCAAUAGUUACUUCCACCCGAACGCACCCGGAGAUCCUCAUGGAAUGAAUUAUGGUCAUUCUCAACCGGGUGAUAACUUUACCGUCUUGUCGGAUGGUUUCGGCAACUACAUCAAAGUCUACCACCAACCAACGGAAGAUGUGCAUUUAAACAACCCUGCUGGGAAGUAUGAGUAUGAACUGUUUUCGAGCAACAACAGCUACAUGCGACCUGCUCCAGGGUUCGGGUUCUUGUUCCCUCAACAGCAGCAACAGCAACCGUCUGUUCCGAAAGCUACCAAUGCUUCCCAUAUGCAGCAGAAUGCACAACCUGAGGCACCCGGAACCAAUACCAGUAUGUUGAUAAAUCAAUUGGUCGGAAACUGGGCUCCCACCAUCUCUGGAACUUACUCUCCUUUUGGAGGUGGUGGCCCAUCGUUGCUUGCUGAAGGGCUUCCACGAUCUUCUGAAGAUUUUGUUCCACAGCAACAACAGCAACAUCAACCCGUUCAACAGCUUCCUCAGCAACAGCAACAUCAUGUUCAUCCGCAGCAACUACAGAGUCAAAUACAAGAACCGCAACCUUCUCCGGUUCAUCAAACUGUUACCAACUCCUCAGCGAGCUCUUCUCAGCCACAACCUCAACAACAGCAUCAGCAGCAGCAAGUUUCUUCGGCAAAUGUAUCUGCCAAGGCCAGUUACAACAAUCAACUAAACGAUGAUAACAGCGCGAAACUGAACCAGAACGUAAAAAAGCAGCGCAUUGUGGCCGAAGUCAAACCAAUGCGAAUGUCCUAUUCGGAUGUGCUGAGCAAGAAUGUCGUUCCAUCUACUGCAACUCACUCGUCGCCCUCAUCUCCGGGAUCUUCAACUCUGAACGGUAGCACUGCCAAUAACGGUAACAUUUCUUCGAGCAAAAUGAAUACAUCCAAUAAUGCAACUCAUUCCGGUGGGAAUGGCUAUUCAUCCGGUGGUAAAUCUGGUAAAGGAGACAAAAUGCAAAAUAAGAAGACUCCUAUGCAACACGUAGGAUCGACGAUGUCGGAUGAUAAAUCCAACAGAAAGGUUGAUCGCAAUUCUGCUUCCGGAAUCCAGAAAAAGGCAACCUAUUCAAAUGGUUCAAACUCAACAGCCAGCUAUCAAUACGUGGAAAACUCGACUGUUUUUAAGGCUACGGUGGGACAAAGUGGUACUGAAAAGACUGCUAGGAAAAUUGAAAAACCCUCUGCGAAGACUGUGAAGGGCCGGCCCAACGAGACGCUUGGAUCGAACUCUACCGGGCGCAAGAAUCGUUCACGCAAUUUCAACGACGAGUACAUGGUACAAGACGUUCACGGUGGCGCAUCGAGCAAGGAAAGCACUCGAGAGGACACUGAGGAUUUGGAUGACGAGGACGAUGAUGAGGAAGAUGAAGAUGAUGAAGAUUUUGAGGAGUACGAAGACGAUACCCCACAACAGCAAUCCUUUAUGUAUAAUGUGAAAAAGAACAACAAUCCUAACGAUACUCAUAUCGAGAAGAUCUCCGGCUCACGGUCGUCUUAUAAACGUGGAGGACGAGGAUCCACAGCUGCACGUGGUAAGCUGGAAAAAUCGUAUCAACCAUCUGCUGGGAAGCGCGGACAAAAACCACGGAAGAACCAGAAAUAUGUGAUGAUUCAGAAAAUUUUGAACACAUGGUUGGAAUUUAUGGUCUUCGCCGUCACAUGGCUAUGGUCUUUGGUUAGCGAUGUGGUUUACCUGAGCUUCAGAUUAUGUUGGGACUACUUGGUUGCCGUAUAUCAGUACUGCGAACAGCAUUUCAUUUGCAUCAAACAGGAAUUUCAACAAAAUCGCCCGGGAGCGUGGUUCAAAGGCGUAUGGAAAUCUUUCGAUAAUCGCUUUGCCAAGGAUUCCAAGUGGGCUUUCUGGCGUGGCAAGAAGAAGUCGGUGCCCAUCGAAGAGCAAAUGUCUUCCGGUAAGAACUACUACAAAGAUGGUCGGCUGCCGUCGACUGCGGACGAGGCAAUGUCAUCGCUUUUGAACUGCAAAGGCAAGGAUGCCUACAGUAUUCUUGGUGUAAGCCCGGACUGCUCCCAGGAGCAAAUUCGGAAGCAUUACAAGAAGAUCGCUGUACUGGUGCACCCGGACAAGAACAAACAACCUGGGGCGGAGGAAGCAUUUAAGGUGUUGCAGCGAUCGUUCGAGCUGAUAGGAGAAUCGGAAAAUCGCAAAUCCUAUGAUCAAAGUCUGGCGGAAGCACUGAACGCUGAGAAAGCAUGGUCGGAAAUCAACGAUUUGCUGACGCAGCUGCACACGAAAAUCUCAGAAGCCGCAAAUACAAUAAGAUGUAGCAGUUGCUGCCUCAGACAUCCGCGAAAGCCGACAGGUCGACCCCAUUAUGCCGCCAGGGAGUGUAAUUCGUGCAAGAUUCGACAUUCCGCUAGGGAGGGUGAUAUUUGGGCCGAGACGAGCUUCUUCGGAUUGCGCUGGAAGUAUCUAGCAAUGAUGGAGGGUAACGUGUACGACAUUACCGAGUGGGCCAACUGUCAGAAGGGAGCCUUGUCGCACCUACAACCCAACUCGCACAUUGUCCAGUAUCGGAUAGUGCUUGGAGGAAACUCACAACAGCAGCAGCAACAGGGUAGCCAGCAGCAAAGCGAUAAGGACCCGGCACGCUCCCGGAAGGAUGCUCCGACAAGUGAACCCAACCUGGACGACUUCCUGAAUAACAUCUAUGGUGGUCAAAACCAGCAGCAGCAGCAACAGGCACAGGGUGGAAGCCGACGGCGACACCGGCGCAAUUAGAAUCCUUCAUUCUCGCACCUCUCCGCUCCGAUUAGAAGUAACAUCUAAUGCGUAGUUUGCAUCGUAGUAGAGAUUAUCAACCAGUGUUUAAUAGUUUUUAAUUUUGCAUAGAAUAUAUUUCCUUCCUCUGCAAUAGGGCAGGCCUAUCCUGAAACCGAAUCACUCGCUAAAUUUAAGAAAUCAAUAGAAGCCAGUACAAAGCAGUUUAUUGGAUCCCCUUAUUGAUAAGACGAAGAUUAUAUUUGUCUUUCAGUCACGCAUUACAGAAAAAUCUAAACAAAGAAUCAAUCCGAUUAAUAGGAAGAGAAAUAUAUUUAUGCAACUUAGCAAGUAUAACUACUAGCCGUGUAGUAGAGUAGACGUUGAGAUAUUUAUCAUACAACUCUUUGCCUAAUAAAGCAAUCGAAAAGAAAGCCGUUUGCUCGAUUCUAUAUCGUCUUUGAGAGAACAGAAUAUCGCUGUAUCGUUCUAUUCUAGAAUUGCUGAAAUAUAAUGUGAUGAAUGGAAA